AUGAUAUGUGUCAGUUUGAGUUUGAUUUGUAUUCAUUAUCAUCAAAAAUUAGAUGAAAAAAAAUCCGGUACAACUUAUGGGAUACCCUGUAACGGGAGGUUUCACGAACUCGAACACGAGACACCUUCAUUUGAUCUAUUAUUUAUAAAAGAUCCUAAUUUUACCAAGUUCAAUCGUAGUCUACGUGCAUUAACAGCAGCUGAUCGUCAGUUAAAAUCGAAUCAAGUUGAUGUUGGAUUAUCAUUAUUAAUUGAUCCUACGGAUCGAGGAAAACAUGCCAGUGCAAUGAAACAACAGAAACUUAAAAUUAAACAAUAUAAUCGAAUGUCUCCGAGUGACUUUCAGAAAGCGAGCAAUGCACGCAAGUCUGUCCUUCCUGUUGCACUGGUUGUGCGUGGAAGUCUGCUUAGAGAUACAUGUUGCAAUAACAAACAAGAUGCGGGUGGUUCAAAAGGAUUGAGGAAAAAGAAAAUUAAUCAUCUCUUAAAAAAACUACAUCAUGCAACAUGGAAAUCAGAAUAUUAUUUACAGCAUUGUUCAAAAAAGGAAGAAAACAUAAUACAAUGGUAUUUACUCCUUGUUAAAGACGAUCGUUUAUCUGUUAUCCAUACUCAUCCUACAAUUACAUCUGACAACAUGCCGUUGCAAGUACUACGACAACCAAAUGUUGAUUAUUUACACAUGAUGGCCAUGUAUGAUCCUAAUGAACGUCGUUUAUCAUUUUUUCCUCGAACAAGACGUCAAGAACUCAAUGGCAACGAGGAAUUGAUAUUAAUUGGUGUGUUACAUGAUCUGGAUAACGAGGUGGCUGUAACAAUAAAUAGACAAUUGAAUAUGAACAAUUUAAUGAGAAUAAACGACAAAGAACUUCAUAAACGGAAUACCAUUGAUCAAUUGUAUAGUGUUUAUGAACAAUUAGCUCACUUAAAUGAUUUUAAUGACAGAUUAGUUGAAUUACAACAACAACAAAAUCGUAAACGAUCAGUGAAUGUUGAUCAAACAAAACAAGAUGAACAUAUUGUAUCACAACAAAUGGCUAAAGAAUACUUUUUAAACGAAUCAAAUAGAUUUCAAAAAGCAUUUGAUACCAAUUUAAUUCAAGUAUUGAAUGAAGAUAAAAGAAAGACAAUGAAUGGUCCACAUGAUGAUAGUUCAGUUUUACAACAUGCAAUCAGUCCCACUAAUGGUUUUAAUCAUAAACUAAAAGAUAACCGAAAAUAUGGUCUCGCUUCAUACCUUCACAAUCUGACAGGUGACAAUGGAGAAGAUAUGACAAGUAUCAAACAUUGGAUAAUGAAUCAACAUUGGAAGAGAACAAAAUCAUUGAUUCGAAAUAAAAAACAAUGUAAUCCGCAACGAUUAGCAUGGCUAGAAUUGAACAGAUUAUCAUUGCAGCAGUCUUCACCGUACGCAAAACUGAAAUCAAAUAGAAGAGUUAAAUUUUGUGAUGCCGAAAGCGAAUCAGACAAUGAAAAUUUAUGUGUUCAACUGGUGAACGAAACAGCAAUAGCAUGCAAGUGUCAGGCAAUGGUAUUAGAUAUAACUGAUCAAAUUCGAAUUAUUCGAGAAGAAGAAGAAUAUGAAUGUAUGACGCGCACAACGAAAGGAAUGUUUAAAUGUUUGAACCGGCAGAUCAUCCGGCAAGAGUUGAUAUGUAAUGGUCACAAAGAUUGUGAUGAUGAUAGUGAUGAAUCUGGGGUGUAUUUUACGUGUGCUGUUGAGAAAUGUAAUAGUGAAGAUCAAUUUUUAUGUAAAACAAGUCGACAAUGUAUCACGAAACAACAUGUAUGUAAUGGGAUUCAAGAUUGUUCAGCAGGCGAAGAUGAAAAUAAUUGUCGUACGCAUAUGAUCGUAACAUUGUUGAAACCUGUUGUUUCGAUUCAACACAAUUCUCAUCGAUGCGAUGAUAGUGGAACUGAAGAAGAUGCUGUACAAUCACCAUUAUUAAGCGAUUUUUUAAACAUGCAUCGAGAGGAUCAGUCCAUUCGAACACGUAGAUCCAGUCAAAAAGAUGGCGAACUUAGUUUUCUUAAAAAUCGGUAUGAAGUAUUGAAAAGUCAACGUUUGUCAAAAAAUUCCGAUACAAUCAAACGGUUUGAUUCCGAUCAAAUAUAUGGAAGAGUAGAGCGACCGACAUAUUUCAACACUAAAAGAACAAAUUAUCGUACAUUCAUGGUCGAUGAUAAAUUUGUCGGAAGAAACUUUAUAUUACCGUUGGAAACAAAAAUGUCUGGCAAAACAAACAGAAAAUCACAAAUUGAAUCAUAUAAUUCAGAUCAGUUGUAUAAUAAUCAUGAAACUGACAUGAAUACCUACGACCGUCAAAACUACGAGAAACCAUAUACAACACUCGAAUAUACAAACAUAGAUGACAGAGAAGAAAACCCGUCGUCGACUUUAAUUAAUAAAAUGCAACUGUCGAACAUGCUGUUUGUUGGAAAAAAUCAAUUAUCAUCAAAUGAAAAUGAUAAACAUGAUAGUAUUUAUUUACUCACAUUUAGUGGUCAAAGAUCAACGAAUAUUGGCUCUCUACCUCAAAUUUAUCGUCGAACAUUUCAAGAUAGAUCUGUUAGUCGAGAUACCGAUAUGUAUACGAAAGAUUUAACUCGCCAUCGUAAAACUCAUCCUUAUCAAAGUGUGAAACGUCAUAUCGUUCGUGCAUGCGACGAAGACACACGAUCAUCAAAAGUGAAAAAAAAACACGCCAUUUCUGAUCAAAACUAUCCAGCUGCCAUUAGAAAAGAGAGUGUCAUGAAGACAAAACAUCAUCUAUCAGAUGUUGACGAUGGUGAUAUUGAAGAAAAACUUGAACAAUUACUACACGUGUACCACCUUCUUAAAAGACGAAAAAAUAGCAAAAUAAUACGACGUUUUGAUAUGAACGAACGACAGCUAAAAACUCCGCCAGAAGAUAACAAAAAUUAUUCAAAAAAAUUCAUCAAAAAAUUUCAGCCUAAUUCAAAGCCAUCAUUUGUUAAAUCAGAAGUGGCCAGGUCGGAAAUAAGUACUGCUGUUGUCGUAUCUCUGGCAACAUUCGCCUUACUAUUUGCAAUUGUUUGUUUAGUAUGGCGUGCUCCACAAACGAAAGACGAUACUAAAUUAUCGUACAAAACAUUUCCCCUCUCCACUUCGCGAUAUGAACAAAAAACGAUAAAUGAAGACACAGCGUUUCCAUUUAAACUUGUGCCAAAUCAGAAAGUACAAUCUUUUACUCUAGAAAAAUGA